UCAAUUUGGAAAGUAGUUUGUUUUACCAUUAAUGCUUGUGCCUGUUGGAAAUUCUUCAGAUUUUAGAACUUUUUAUUGAAUUACUUAGACACUUGUUCUAUAGAUAUAUAUAUUAUCAUUAACUUUAAUUAGUUAUGAAAAUUGAUGUGCUGUACAGGACAUGAGCUAUCAUAUUACUGUCUUAAUAUUCAGGUGCCUAAAUAAUUUAAUAAUUAUGCCAUGUUCUAUGACAAGAAAAACAGUUUCAAAUGGUCAGUCAUAACACAUAGGUAACUGUCACAUUCUGUCUAGUUUGGCUUCAGAAAUCAUCAGUUGGAAAAAAGCUAUAUCUUUGUGUGGCUUCCUUUCCUUUUGGGUUCUUUUUUGCACAACUAUUUAUUCAGUUUUUUUGCAUGAUUUUGUUCUUGAUACUGUUUCAGGCAGUUAUUUAUAUAUUUAUUAUUUUGUUUUGUUAUUGGAUUCCAAGAUUUGCAUUAUUCCUUUUAUGUUUGAAUGUUUUGCUUGUAGCCAUCUAGAUCUCAUCAGAUACUAAGAACAAGACAAUUAGAAAAAAAAUACUAGUGAAGAUUUAUUAUCUGUUCGUAUGAGUUCUCGUUACUCUUUCACAUUUGUUCUAGUCUGAACAAUGCUGGUUAGUAUUGGCCUUUACAUCGAAUUCACACUCGUGAAAGAAAGCAAAGGAGGUUGUGGAAAUGUGGCUACAUCAAUUUCAUUUAGCUUCAAGAGAUCAAAGAAUAUCUUUUCUCUUUUUAGCCAACGAUAUUGUUCAAAAUAGCAGGAGGAAGGGCUUAGAGUUUAUCGAGGAAUUUUGGAAAGUUCUUCCUGAUGUUCUCAAUGGCAUCCUUGAUAAUGGAAACGAUGUUGAAAAAAAUAUUGUGCAUAGAUUGAUCAAUAUAUGGGAACAACGCAAAGUUUUUGGCUCUCAUGAAUCUUUGAAACAAGAUAUGCUGACAAAGAAUAUUGAUAGUAGAAAUCGAAAUGGGAAGGGUAUUUCUUACAAAUUGAAACAACCUGGGGGCGAGCAGCUUCAGAAACUAAUUUCAGCUUAUAGUGAUGCAUCAGGGUUUCCCUUUGACGAAGAAACAUUAUUGGACAGUUGUCAAGCUGCCGUUAACUUUGUUGAGAGCUUUGAAACGGAUACGUGGAAUCAAACAGGGAACUUCCAUGGUUCUGGAACAGUGAAGGAGCUGGUUAAAUAUCAUGAAGUGUUAAGAGACUCCAUAAAAAAAUUGAAGGCUGUUGAAUCAACAAGAGCAAUUAUCGUUGCCUGUUUAAAAGAAGCACUACUUGAGCAGGAAAUCAAGUAUAGCCAAGUUCGCCAACAGCUGAAGGCAGCUCAAUCUGGGUAUCAACUAUCAGUAAACUUGUGCAACCAAUUUAAUAUUGAUAUGUCACCAGAUCGAAGACUUCUGGAAUCGCCAGAUCAUGGACCUCCUGGCUUUUCGAGCAAUUAUGCUUUCGAAUAUGUAGAAGGGAACCAGAAGGCAGGAAAUUCAACAUCCUCAACUCUGGAAGCUGCUCCAGAUGCGCCACAGCUUGUAGCUUCUACAUCCUCGACUUUCGAAGCUGUUCCAGGUGCGCCACAGCUUGCAGACUUAACAAUCUCUACUCAGAUGCAAGAUCAUGCUCAGCAGUUUGUUCGUUCCAAUGACAUUGUUGGGUCCACAAUUGAAGAAGACCUUCAGUCGAACAAUAAAAGAUUGAAACUCGAGGAUGAUCCUCGAGUUUCAUUUCAACCGCAGCCACAGUUCGUGCCACCCUUUCCACCGUUGCAUCCUAAUACAUUGAAUCAGUCUUCAUCACAGCCACCUGUACCUGUUACUUACCCAGACUCAACUGUGGAGCUGCUACCACCGCCGCCGUUAACACCUUUCCCACCGCCACCACCGCCACCACCUCUGCCAGUAGCGCCAGUAGCGCCAGCAUUCACACCCCUUGCUGAUUUGACUAUAGCAAGCACUUAUGGAUAUGCCCCGGCACCUCCUUUUCCAAAUUACCAGAUGGUUGGUUUUCCACCGCACCCGGUUGCUGGAAAUCAAUACGGUUUUCAAGCACCAGAGGGAUCCAAUUACGCCGACCAACCACCUUUUCGAAGACUGCCGCCGCCGCCGCCACCACCACCACCACUGGCUUGACAAUAGUGAGAAGGCUUUUAGAUGUUCAAGUAACUAGUUAUGUUUCUGUACAUUAUGUGCGUGUUCCUUUACCUCCCCAAGAUGGGGUCAGAGAUGAUAUAAUGGGUUAGACUUGCAGAUCAGCUGAAUGAAGAACCAAUGGUUUAUCCAUCUCCUUAGAUUGAGGGAAAAGUUCAUUUAAUUUAUGGUGGUUUUCUUA